AUGGGUCCUACCCCCGUUCUUGACCAAUUCCUCGGCAGCCUUGGGGAAUUGGUCCAGAAUCGCGACGGUGCUAAAGUACAGGACUUCCUUCAGAUCGAGCCGCCCCUCUCCGACAUUUAUGAGCGCAUGAUCGAGGAAUUACGAAAUAACUUCCCCCCAUGUCCCAAAUCUGAUGCCGAGCUUCUCCAACGAUGUGAUCGCCUCGUGCCGCGAUCCAAGGGUAGCUCCUCGUGGACCGCCUUUCCGACUUUUCUCAAGCUCUACCUGACCUUUCUGCGCGAUGUGAAGACGGAAAACUUGCUGGAGACAUACAAUUUAUUGAAAGCUUUGCUCAACCAGUGUGUGCUCGCCCUUGGAGAUAGCCAGAUGGGCGUCGUUGUUCUUCCUACUGUGCUCUACUUGUCCAAAGUCCUGGCGAAAUUGGCUAUGGGUCUCGAUCGUCGACCGGAUCUGAUCGCGCAUAUCCUACGCAUGGAAGGACAACCAGACCAAGAUGAUACGGUUGAGAAAGUGACUUUGGUGGAAAAAUCGGCAAAUGUGGUGCGCGAAGCAUUUAUCAAGUGUUUGACUGACCGUACCGGCACUCCUGGCCCGCACGGCAAGCCAGAGGGCAAACGGAUCGGUAUCUAUCUCAUGGCCAAUUUGUGUCUAAAACUUCUCUUCCAGUGCGGCAAGCUUCGCAACGCUGAACAGAUGUUUGCGAGCAUCACCGCGCAGUCGCCCCCCUUGGCUUACUUCCCUGCCUCGCAGCGUGUUACCUACCUCUACUACCUCGGUCGCUACCUCUUCGCCAACAACCUCUUUUUCCCUGCUCAGACUGCACUGCAGGCUGCCUAUGACCAAUGCCACCGCCAGGCAACAAGCCAACGACACCUAAUCCUCACCUAUUUGAUUCCAUGCAACAUCAUACUGGGCCGAUUCCCCUCCCGGGCGCUUUUGCAAAGACCGGAGGCACACGGUCUUGCCGAACAAUUCGAACCUCUAUGUCGGUUGAUCACUCGAGGAGAUUACCUUGCCUUCCGACAGCAUCUCUCCCUCAGCUCACCCACCGCUGAAUGGUUCGCCCGCAAAGGAAUUUUGCUCACUCUCCGCAAUCGAUGCGAGAUUCUUGUAUGGCGUUCUUUUGCGCGCAAAGUUUUCAUCAACGGAGGUUUCCACGGAGAUCCGCAGGCGCAGGCGCAACGCGGACCUCCCCCGUAUCUCUAUCUCAACAAGGCCGUUGUAGCAACGCGAUGGCUUCAAUCACAGCAUGCAUUAUCCGGGAAUGACCCGGCUGGUGCCACAGCAGCUCUCAACAAAUAUGGUUCACAGGUCAUCUUCGAACCCACAGAUUCCGAGUACGCGGGCUUGUCAGGGGAAGAUGAGUAUACUGGUCCCCAGGAUAGCGAAAUACUCGCAGAAUAUGGCGAUUACAUCGCCCCGGAUGGCUUCUAUAAUGAUGAAGGGUACUGGCAGCCCAGUGAAACCGGUCAACUGGUGGAUGGCGAGCCAUAUGAUGAUUAUGGCGACUGCGACGUGUACCCAUAUUCCGACGAACCCGAAGACAGCAGAUAUUCCCACACCCCGUCUCCUCUGAUGCGGGAAAUCGAGUCGAUAUUUGCAUCCCUCCUGACACAAGGUUUGAUGCGCGGGUACCUCACCCACCGCAACCCUCGAUUCGCCAUUCCGGGUGCCCGACUCCGAGGCGCCUUGCCUACAGGCUUCCCGAAUGUUUGGCAGACCAUCUUUUCGCAUGAGAACGAAGAUUCCAGCGUUCCUGGCUGGGUUCAGCCUCCGCCUACCGGGUUCAAUGCACCUAGAGCCAAUGGAGGAGCAGGGGGAGCAGGAGGAGCCGGAGGGGGCCGGGUGGUCAACCUCUCAGGAGCACGCCCAGUUGGAGUUCAAUAA